ACUUGAUGUGGAACUUUUUUAACAAGUUCAGGUCAGCCAUUGCUUAGUUUGAAGUUUAACAAGCAUAGAAGAGCUGUUGUACACGAUAUUUAAACUUACAAACCUGUAUAUAAUUCAUAUAAAUAAAUUCAACUUCUGUUAAACUAACUUUCUGAAUUUCACAUUUAGACCUGUUGCUUUGUAUGUUUGUUGAAUAGUUCUUUCCUCCAUAUCACAAGCCCUUGAGGCUGAACCAAUAAAGCAGAAUGAAACUGGCGGACAGGUUUUACCCUAAAAUUUCGAUUAAUCUUGCAUCAUGUGAAGUUUUUUUUUUUUUUUUUUUGAUCUUUUAUUGAAAGCAAGUAGAACCUGCUAAGGGAUCUUUUUUUUGGAUCUUUUAGAACAUGACACUAUACCCGUUAGUUGUAGUUGCAUCACAUUUCCUCCCAAAGCUUGCUAAGGGAUUCCACCACAACAUUGUCAUAUCGGUAGACAUGGCGAACUUCAGUAGGCCCAUUGCUCCCAGGUUGAACCUGCAGUCAAGUCUAUACAUUUUAUGGUGUGUAUUGACUGUUUUUUUCUUGAACUCCAUGUUUAACAUCUAAUGUUAUGGUGUAGAUAGAGGAAGAAAGAGAAUUUCCCACACUCUUUUUCUGGUGAUAUUAUUUUAAGAAAAAGUCAACCUUAUAAUACUUAGUAGGAUGCCAUUACUUAGGGAUAUCCUGCAUUAUUAGUGGGUAACCAUGAAGGCUCUUAGUACUGACCUAGUCUUUGUUUGAACUUUGUUAUCAUCAUAGUGGUUAACCAUGAAGAAAAUACAUAAAUAUUGAGGAGGAUGGGAUGUCACAAUUGCACUAUAAAAACCAGAGAUCUUAACUCAACUAUGCAACACAAGUCUUAGUUCUAUCCUUUCUUUUCUCUCCAAGAAUCACAAUGAGAAGCUUUAGGAAUUUGGGGCAAUUGCCUCUAUUAGCAUUUGCUUUGGCAAUUUGCUUUGUAGCUAGCACUGUUGUUGCUGAUUACUCUUAUGGCUAUAGUUCUCCUUCACCUACUUACACCUCUAAGAAGUACUACAAAUCACCAUCUCCAUCUCCAUACUACAAGAAACCGGAGAAACAUGCUGAAUAUUCUCCGUCACACUAUUACAAGUCACCGGUGCCUUCCAAGCACGACUAUUACAAGUCUCCUACUCCUUCAAAGCAUUACUACAAAUCACCAGUAGUAGUGAAGUAUUACAAAUCACCAGUUCCUUCAAAGAAGUACUACAAAGCGCCUUCCCAUCCAAAGAAGUACUACUACAAGGCACCUUCCCAUUCAAACAAGUACUACAAGGCCCCUGCUCCUUCAAAGAAAUACUACAAGUCACCUGCCCCUUCAAAGAACUAUUACAAGUCACCAUCCCCUGUAAAGUACUACAAAUCUCCUUCACCUGCAAAAUACUACAAGUCACCUGCUCCAUCAAAGCACUAUUACUACAAGUCACCAUCCCCUACAAAGUACUACAAGUCUCCAUCGCCUGCAAAAUACUACAAGUCGCCCGCUCCAAAGCACUAUUACUACAAAUCUCCAUCGCCUGCAAAAUACUACAAGUCGCCUGCUCCAUCAAAGCAUUAUUACUACAAGUCACCGUCCCCUGCAAAGUACUAUAAAUCUCCGUCACCUGCAAAAUACUACAAGUCACCAUCCCCUGCAAAGUACUAUAAAUCUCCGUCACCUGCAAAAUACUACAAGUCACCAUCCCCUGCAAAGUACUAUAAAUCUCCGUCACCUGCAAAAUACUACAAGUCACCUGCUCCAUCAAAGAACUAUUACUACAAGUCACCAUCCCCUGUAAAGUACUACAAAUCUCCAUCACCUGCAAAAUACUACAAGUCACCUGCUCCAUCAAAGAACUAUUACUACAAGUCACCAUCCCCUGUAAAGUACUAUAAAUCUCCGUCACCGGCAAAAUACUACAAGUCACCUGCUCCAUCAAAGAACUAUUACUACAAGUCACCAUCCCCUGUAAAGUACUAUAAAUCUCCGUCACCGGCAAAAUACUACAAGUCACCUGCUCCAUCAAAGAACUAUUACUACAAGUCACCAUCCCCUGUAAAGUACUACAAAUCUCCAUCACCUGCAAAAUACUACAAGUCACCUGCUCCAUCAAAGAACUAUUACUACAAGUCACCAUCCCCUGUAAAGUACUAUAAAUCUCCGUCACCGGCAAAAUACUACAAGUCACCUGCUCCAUCAAAGAACUAUUACUACAAGUCACCAUCCCCUGUAAAGUACUAUAAAUCUCCGUCACCGGCAAAAUACUACAAGUCACCAUCCCCUGUGAAGUACUACAAAUCUCCAUCACCUGUAAAAUACUACAAGUCGCCUGCUCCAUCAAAACACUAUUACUACAAGUCACCAUCUCCAUCACAAUAUUACAAAUCACCCGCUCCCUCUAAAUACUAUAAAUCGCCGCAGCCGCCGCCACCAACAUAUUACAAGUCACCAGUUUAUUACAAGUCUCCACCACCACCACCAGCUUAUUAUGAGAAAUCACCUUCUUACUACAAGUCCCCUCCACCUCCACCAUACUACAAAGAAUCUACGCCUUACUACAAGUCCCCUCCACCUCCACCAUACUACAAAGAAUCUACGCCUUACUACAAGUCCCCUCCACCUCCACCAUACUACAAAGAAUCUACGCCUUACUACAAGUCCCCUCCACCUCCACCAUACUACAAAGAAUCUACGCCUUACUACAAGUCCCCUCCACCUCCACCAUACUACAAAGAAUCUACGCCUUACUACAAGUCCCCUCCACCUCCACCAUACUACAAAGAAUCUACGCCUUACUACAAGUCCCCUCCACCUCCACCAUACUACAAAGAAUCUACGCCUUACUACAAGUCCCCUCCACCUCCACCAUACUACAAAGAAUCUACGCCUUACUACAAGUCCCCUCCACCUCCACCAUACUACAAAGAAUCUACGCCUUACUACAAGUCCCCUCCACCUCCACCAUACUACAAAGAAUCUACGCCUUACUACAAGUCCCCUCCACCUCCACCAUACUACAAAGAAUCUACGCCUUACUACAAGUCCCCUCCACCUCCACCAUACUACAAAGAAUCUACGCCUUACUACAAGUCCCCUCCACCUCCACCAUACUACAAAGAAUCUACGCCUUACUACAAGUCCCCUCCACCUCCACCAUACUACAAAGAAUCUACCCCUUCCUACAAAUCCCCACCACCUCCACCAUACUACAAAGAAUCUACCCCUUACUACAAGUCCCCUCCACCUCCACCAUACUACAAAGAAUCAACCCCUUCCUACAAAUCCCCACCACCUCCACCAUACUACAAAGAAUCAACCCCUUCCUACAAAUCCCCACCACCUCCACCAUACUACAAAGAAUCAACCCCUUCCUACAAAUCCCCACCACCUCCACCAUACUACAAAGAAUCAACCCCUUCCUACAAAUCCCCACCACCUCCACCAUACUACAAAGAAUCUACCCCUUACUACAAGUCCCCUCCACCUCCACCAUACUACAAAGAAUCAAUCCCUUCCUACAAAUCCCCACCACCUUCACCAUACUACAAAGAAUCAACCCCUUCCUACAAAUCCCCACCACCUCCACCAUACUACAAAGAAUCAACGCCUUCCUACAAGUCCCCACCACCUCCUCCAUACUACAAAGAAUCAACCCCUUCCUAUAAAUCACCUCCACCUCCCCCAUACUACAAGGAAUCUACACCUUCAUAUAAAUCUCCUCCACCUCCCCCAUACUACAAAGAAUCUACGCCUUCCUACAAAUCCCCACCCCCUCCACCAUACUACAAAGAAUCUACCCCUUCCUAUAAAUCACCUCCACCUCCCCCAUACUACAAAGAAUCUACACCUUCCUAUAAAUCACCUCCCCCUCCACCAAAGUACUAUGAGCAAUCUCCUAUAAAAUACAACUCACCACCUCCACCAUCACCAAUCUAUUAUUAGCAAACUCCCACCUAUGCCUCACCCCCAUCCUCGCCAACGUACAACUAAACAUUCAAUAACUCUACUGUUCCCAUGAUUUUUACGGUCUAUUUUGAUUCCAUUUCCCUUCCAAAAUUUUAAUGUAUGUUAGUCGAAAUGAUCGACUUUAUUUAUCGUGUGUUCGAUAUUAUUUUGUUCAAAUAAUUUAUAUGAUGUAUUACUUGAGAAUUAAUUAAGUAUUCCUCAUUGUAUCAAGAUUAAUAGUUUGUUAUUUAUCUUCUCUUCUUUGUGUAAUAAUUUUGUAUUCAAAUUAUUAAUUGAAAUGAGGUGGUAUUGUCCCUA